AUGGCUUCUCAAGUUUUUCUUCAGGCUCUGUUUUCCCCUAAUCAAUGUCUUCCGAGCAAGCUAUGUUUCGCAUCUUCUUCUUCCUCUGCCUCCACAUUCGGUUCUCGUAACUUGCCGUUGAUUUCAACCUCAAUUUCACGGCGUUGCAGUCCUCUCAUUGCUAAACCUACUUUUAUUGCUAGAGCUGAUUCCAAUCCCGACGCUGCUUCCGCUUCGGAUGUUGUAGAUGAGGUUCCGGAAACUGAUGCUGAACAGAUUUCGGAAUCUGAACCAGAGGUUGAACCAUUGAAGCCACCAAGACAAACUCGGGUCAAGCUUGGUGAUGUUAUGGGGAUAUUGCAUAAGAGGGCAAUUGAGGCUUCGGAUGAAGUGAGGUUCACUCCGGACAUUAGGACUGGAGAUAUUGUAGAAAUCAAAUUGGAAGUUCCCGAGAACAAGCGUAGGUUAUCACUUUACAAAGGUAUUGUAAUCUCAAGACAAAAUGCUGGUAUUCACACUACUAUUCGAGUCCGAAGAAUUAUUGCUGGCACAGGUGUUGAGAUAACCUUCCCUCUGUACUCUCCAAACAUCAAAGAAAUCAAAGUGGUAAAGCACCGAAAGGUCAGGAGGGCAAGAUUGUACUAUUUAAAACACAAGCUUCCCAGAUUCUCUACUUUCAAAAAAUAA